CUCUUAUCCCGCCCCCUGCUCGGCUGCUGUCCUCUCUUCUCCCAAACGCUGAUGUGUUACUAACUUCAGCUUUCAAGUCUGCAAAAAUGUUCAAUUUCGGAUCCAAAUUGUUGCUGCUUUUUCUCCUGGCCUUCCCCUGUGGAUUAAUAUCAAUCGGCCACGUUUGUGCAGACUCAGACUCUGCAGAGGACGUUGUUGAUGACUCGGAUGCUGCAGUAGAUGAGGAGGAAGAUGAUGAAGAAGAGGUGCUUGUCGAAGAAGAUCAGAUACAAACUUCGGAAGGAGACGAAGAGGAGUCUGAUGAAGCUGCCGAUAAACAGUUCACUGCUCAUCUUGAUGCCGACACAACCAUCGUCUUUACCGCAGGAGAAGAGUUUCCUGCCAAUGAAAUUGUGAGAUUCCUAGUGGGUUUCACCAACAAGGGAAGUCAGGAUUUCACUGUUCAGUCACUGGAAUCUUCUUUCCGUUACCCCCAAGACUUUCAGUACUACAUUCAGAACUUCACAGCUUUGCCCCUGAACACUGUAGUGCAGCCGCAGGCUCAGGCCUCCUUCGAGUACUCCUUCAUCCCAGCUCAGACCAUGGCUGGACGUCCAUUUGGUCUCGUUAUCCUCCUCAACUACCUCGACGCUGAGGGCAACGUGUUCCAGACUGCCAUUUACAACCAGACUGUCACCAUUACUGAGAGGGAAGAAGGACUGGAUGGAGAAACCAUGUUCAUGUAUGUGUUCCUGGUUGGUCUGGUGGCUCUGUUCUUCUUUGCGAUGUACCAGGUCCUGGAGACAAGGACGAAACGGAGGAUUCCUGUAAAAAUAGAGAAGGGCACUGGUGGAAUGAAUGAUGUGGACAUCAGCUGGAUUCCUCAGGAGACCCUCAAUGCCAUGAACAAGGCUUCUCCAAAGACAUCGCCACGGAAACGAACCAAGAGGGCAGCCGGGACAGAUCAGUAAACCUGCAUCAUCACACAGUCCAUCAGACUUUCACUCUACAACAUCCAGCUUCCCACUAACAAAGGAUCUAUUUUUAUGGAAUCCACUUUUCAGCCCGAGUUAUGAAUUGCAGAUGUUCACACGGGACUCUGCCUCCUCUCAGUCUGAUGUUCCUGCUGGUUUCACCACCAGAGUGUGACUCAACACUAAGGACUGAACUUUAGUUAAUUUUUUAAGGGACAUUUUUUUUUAUCAGUGUGUGUGUCUGUGUGUGUACGAAACAUGAUAAAAAAAAAAAAAAAAGAUAAACCAAAAAGUAAUUUUCAAAUAAAGUGAUGUGGAAUAAACUGUCCACUAAACGAGAGCUGAAUUACAUCCGUGUGAAUAAUUCGAUUUAAGCCGUUUUAUCUGCAUCGUUAAGACAGCGUGUAUUUUAUGAUCUCAGACCUUAAGUACUUUGUUAGUUCAAGAAAAUAUGUUUCCCCAUUCUCAUAUCUAAACACCACUUGUGCCUUAUCCUGUAUUUAGGGCGCCCUGCAGAGACAUAAAGCGAUAGAUGCAAUCAAUUUAAAGAGGUCCCACUGAUCGCCCUCUGGCGUUAACACAGUCACAUGAGGCCAGAAGCUUGGAAAACUGUGAUGGAAAGAUUUGUUUUAGAGCAGGGCUAUGGCAGCUGCAAGCACAACAAACAUUAAAACAGUGUUAUCUCAAUGUUCUCAAACACAGGUUUAAUCUACCUGGGAUUUUUCUGUUUUGAGAGGUUUGGUGGAGCAUUUCAGACUUCUUACUGGGUGCAGUCUUGUAAUCCAUUAUUUGUGAUGAAAAAAAUAAAUGGAUGAACAAAGGUUUUGUUUCGCUUGGAAACUA